AAAGAUAACAGAUUGGGAGGAAAGAAAUAAAACUAUCUUUGGUCACAGAAGAUAUGCUUGUCUGUGCAAAAUAAUGUCAUUUCCAUGGGAUUGUUAAUCUAAGAAUCUCUUUACCAUCGAAUUAAUACUACAUCAGCGUUGUAGUAAGAAUCAUUACUAACAGCUUUCUGUUUGUUCUACAGUAUAAUGCUUGGGGGUGGUAGUCCAAUAGCAUUACUGAUAGACUAUCAAUUAUUUACCACUCCAAUAACAUCCUUAAUUAACAGAUAACAAAUUAAAAAAAAAAAAAUCUUGGCUUAGUUAACAUUUUCACCCCACCCCACCAGUAACUCAUGUUGGUAAUCCCUUCCUCAUAUCUAAUUUCUCUCUUAUUUUUAUACACAGACCAGGCCAUAGUCAGGAAUCAGUGAUGAAAAAUUAUACAGCGAUAACAACAUUCAUCCUGGUGGGACUAACAGAUGACACAAAUCUACAGAUUCUGCUUUUUAUCUUUUUGUUCCUAACAUAUUUGUUGAGUGUUGUUGGGAAUCUAACCAUCAUCACUCUCACCUUGGUGGAUUCUCACCUUAAAACACCCAUGUAUUUUUUUCUCCGGAAUUUUUCCAUCUUAGAAGUCUCAUUUACAACUGUCUGCAUUCCCAGAUUUCUCUACACAAUGGCAUCUGGGGACAAUACUGUUACUUACAAUGCAUGUGCCACUCAAUUAUUUUUUGUUGUUGUCCUGGGCGUGACUGAGUUUUUUCUCCUGACUGCCAUGUCCUAUGACCGUUACGUAGCCAUCUGCAAGCCCCUGCAUUACACAACCAUCAUGAGCAACAGAGUCUGCAUCAGGUUCCUUAUUGGCUGUUAUAUAAUUGCUCUAAUCAUUGUCAUCCCACCAUUUGGCAUGGGCUUUGACCUCGAGUUUUGUGACUCCAAUGUCAUAGACCACUUUGGCUGUGAUGCUGCUCCUAUCCUGAAGAUCACCUGCUCCAACACAGAGUUUAUAGAGCGGUUUGUCUUAAUUCUGGCUGUGUUGAUCCUCCUUUUCACUUUGGUGUGUGUGAUUAUGUCCUACGCAUACAUCAUCAAGACUAUUCUCAGAUUCCCUUCUGUCCAGCAACAGAAAAAGGCUUUUUCUACUUGCUCGUCCCAUAUAAUUGUGGUUUCUAUCACUUAUGGAAGCUGCAUCUUCAUCUACGUUAAGCCAUCUGCAAAGGAAGGGGUAGCUAUUAAUAAGGUGGUGUCAGUACUUACUACCUCAGUUGCCCCAGUAAUGAAUCCCUUCAUUUAUACUCUGAGAAACAAGCAAGUGGUUCAAGCUUUUAAAGACCUGAUCAAAAGGGUUGCAUCUAUCUCAAAGAACUAAAGGACUGGUGAAUGCAUAAUGACAAAUUAUGAAAGAAUUCUCUAUUUCCAUUUCACAUUUCCCUAAGUCUGCGUUACCCAAACCCAUUGCCAUCCAGUCAAUUCUGACUCAUAACAACCCUAUAGGACAGAAUAGAAUUGCUCCAUAGGGUUUAUAAGGCUGUAAUCUUUAUGGCAGCAGACUUCCACACCUUUUUC